AUGAUCCACCUUCUUUACUCGGUGAUCUUCGCCGAAAUGGCUCUAAUCCUGCUUCUCCUCUUCAAGACGCCUCUCCGAAAGCUCAUCAUCCUCACCUUCGAUCGCAUCAAGCGUGGUCGUGGCCCCGUCGUGGUCAAAACCAUCGGAACCACCGUUUUCGUCGUUCUAAUGUCGAGCGUCUACAGUCUCCUCAAUAUCCAGCGUCGAUCUGUCGACGGUGCUGCUCUUAAUCCUACUGAUCAGGUCCUCGCCUCCAAGCAUCUUCUCGAAGCUUCUCUAAUGGGAUUUGUGCUGUUUCUGUCCCUCAUGAUUGAUCGACUACACCAUUACAUCAGAGAACUAAGGUUGCUGAGGAAGACAAUGGAGUCUGCUAAGAAGCAGAACAGAGGAUUUGAGGAUGGGAAGAACACGAGCGGAGAAGAAGUUAAAGCCCUCGGGGAAGAAAUCGCGGGGCUAAAGGCGAAGAUCAAGAAACUGGAGUCGGAAAGUGAAAGCAAAGGCAAAGAACUUAAAAGUGCACAAGCUGAAACAGAGGCUCUGAGAAAACAAGCUGAUGGGUUUCUUCUAGAGUAUGAUAGGUUGCUUGAGGAUAAUCAGAAUCUCAAGAACCAAUUGGAUUCCAUUGACCAAAGUCCAGAGGGUAAGAAGAGUAUGUGA